AUGGAACAGUCGAAGGAGGAGAUAGAUGAGAGGAUUGGUAAGGAAGAAGGUGUGCUAAGGGAAGAAAAUCAGAUGCUUUUGAUAUAUAAGCAUGGUUGGGGAGAUCUUUGUGAUGGAGAGCGAGUUGAAUUAGAGACUGAUGAAGAAAAGAAAUCAAAAUGCUUCAAAAUAGCCAAGCUCAAAUCAAGAUCAGAGAUGAGUAAAAUGGAUAUAUGGGUUUAUGUCAAGAAUCAAAAAGUUUAUCAAAAAUAUGUUGAUUAUUUAGAAAGUUUCAAAGGAGUUAAUAUCAAAAUCUUUGAACUAUGUUAUGGUGAUUGGAAUAAUCCACAAGAUGUGAUGAGCUUCACACCGUUUGCCAAAUCAAUUUAUUAUCUUCUCCCCAAGAUCACAAAAUUUUUCUAUCUGACAAAUGUAAGACUGACUCAAAGACAACUAGUCAGAGUCUUUUGAUCUAUACAAAUCCUAGAGAAAUUCGAACUAGAAGAGUGUAAACUUGAGACAGUGACUCUACAAUAUACAAAGAACUUUCCACUCCAGAAAUAAACAGAGAAUCGACAUUCUUAGUAUCAAAGAUAAUAGAAACUGCUCCGGUAAACUCCUCAGCACUUAUGGGCCUGAAAUUCGGUCUAUUUACAGAAUUAUCUCCACCUCCAGCUUAUCAGAAUCAAUAGGGAAGAUAUGCAUUGGCCAAGACACCAGUUUUUCUGAACAUGAAGAACCCACCAAUCCAGCCAACAACAUACCACAACCCUCCCUUCUCCAACUCCAACAAGAAUACAACCUCCUCCACAUAAACUUCGAACUCACCUCAACCCCUCAAGUAUAUCAAUAAAAUCCAC